UAUUAUUUAUAUUAAAAUUACAUAAUUUUUUAAAAUAAACUUUAUUAAAUUUAAUUGAUUAUUUAUCAAGAACCCAGCUUAAUUAUCUUACUCUACCACCAUAAUUCCCAAGUUAGGGUGACUCUCGGCUUGGCCAAGGCUAGGUUAUCUAGUGUUGGCCGAUGUUAGGGUAACCAUCCAACGGCCAAAGCUAGGGUAUUCAGUCUUGGCCCAAGCCUGGGUAAUCAUUGGAAUGGCCAAUACUAAUUAACCAGUUAUGGCCCAGGCAUGGGACAGUAUAGGUUUGCCAAGACGGGCUUCCCAAUAAUGUCCCAGGCAUGGCCCCGUCGUUCAACUCGGGGGCUUCCUGUAUGGGUAGAAGUUAUUCAUAGCUGGGUCCUAGCUAGGGUCUACCGUGGAAACCCAGAGCUCGGUGAACUAGUUCUGGUUCAAGCUUGGGCCAAUAUUGAAGAGCUAGAGCAGGGUUACCCAUGACUGGGUCUCGUUUGGGGCCAACAGCGGAAAGCCAGCGCUAGGUUGCCCACGACUGGGCCUUAGCUAGGGCCGACAUUGGGAAGCCAGAGCUAGGUUGCCCACGACUGGACCUAAGCUAAGGCUGACAUUGGGAAGCCAGAGCUAGGUUGCCCACGACUGGACCUAAGCUAGGGCCGACAUUGGGAAGCCAGAGCUAGGUUGCCCAGUCCUGGGCCUUAGCUAGGGCCGACACUGGGGAGCCAGAGCUGGGUUACCCAGUCCUGGUCCGUGCUUAGCCCCGUUGUCAGAGCUUGUAAGUUCCUACAUGGGCAUCCUCGUGAUAAAUCAGUUAUUUAAAUAAUAUUAUAUACAUAUAUUUUAAUGAAUGAUAACGAUAACGGUCUGGAACUUCUGUGAUGUUUAUAAACAACAGCGUAAUUGAAAUACUUAUCUCUUAAUGAGUUUAAUGAGCCGUAACAGAGAUAUAUGUUGCUCCCGGAUAAUGAAUAAUUGAAAAAACAAAAUUUGAUUCAUGACCGUUCUUAUCAGAGGCGUCUUUGUGGCGCCGGAUAUGGACGUUGUUAUCGUUUGAAAGCUUUUUUGUCAUGUUUCGAUUGCAUGAUCUCUUUAGCUGUCAGUAACUAUUAUAAGCCUUUGAGUAGCAUGCAUGUGAUUGAAACUACUUUUAGUUUAGACAGUAAAUUUUAUUGUCGUAAUAAAUUCUUCAGUCUCUAUUUAACGACCAGCGAGAAUAAAAAAUCAUCAAUAAAAUUCUUCACACAUUGAGAGAUAGACAUUCUUUCACACUUCAUCACAACGCCACUGCGUAGAAAAAUUGCGAUGGUCGAUGUGGAAAAUACCGACAAUAAUGAGAGGUGUACGGAUAUAGAUUGUGAUGAGGAAAAUAUUUCACUGUUUAUUCGUGGAACAGGUAACAUUUGCGAACUAAUGAAACUGAUAUCUUUUAUUAACGAUCCAUAAAAUUUUAAGUACCCAUAAUUCACUUGAAUAACAGUCUAUUUAUACAGUAGAAGUAGAUAAAAAACUAUUUGGCUAACAACUAACAGCCGUAACUGUGCGACUAGUUUUUAAGACCCUUAGAGUGUGGUUGGUAAUUAUUAUGGUAUUCCGAUGGCAAGUAAGCUGGAAUUUCGAUGACGUUUGUUAUAUGGAGUAACCAUCUAAUUGUUGCUUUAACGGUCAAAUUUAUCAAUUAUGCAUUUCGUGGUUUUCCCUGAUUGGUCUGAAAACGCGCCGGAAUUGGAGUAAACAAAUAUAGCUACUAUAUAUGAGUAAUCAUUGGCAAGAAUAAUAGCAAUUGGCGAACUGGUUUUUCCAUGUAGUUUUGUGCGACAAUCGUCCGAGCACGGUACUGUUGUGAUAGUUUACAUGAUCUUCGACAUUAUAAAAUAAUAUUUUUGUUAAACUUCAUUCAGUGUUGGAUAUUUAGUGAUAAUUAGCCUUAUCUGUCAGCAAUUAACGAAGAGUUUGUCGCAAAUUGAAUUGGAAGAUAACCUCCCAGCUCUGGUCCAUAAUACAUUGAUAAGAUAACUACAAACAGUGAAGUAUUUAAUGGACGUACAACCAUUCAGCUUGUCAUAUCCAUUUAUACAUUUGUUAUUCUACUACGUAACAUCACUUACUUAAAAUACUUCGAACAAUGGUGCCUCCCGAAGAAAUCGCCUCUGCUAGUAAUCCCGACAUUGAAGGUGAGAAUAUACUUCAUUUCCUCUGCCGUGAAGGCGAUAUCACUGAUUUGAUGGCUUUCAAGAAUGUAAUCAGCGAUGCCAAUCGACAUCUGGUGCUGCAAUUCAACCGACAUGGAAAACAGUGUGUCCACAUUGUCUCCAACCCAGGCAUUGCUGACCCUCAGGAAAAACUAAAACUUCUGAUGGAGUGGGGUGCUGACAUCAAUGGUCAAGAGCGAGUUUUUGGUAAUACACCACUGCAUAUUGCAGCUUAUACGCAAAACCAUAAGCUCGCAACCUGGCUGUGCAAUCAGCCCGGAAUAAACAUGGGAAUAUCUAACUAUCUAUUCAAGACACCGUAUUAUGUCGCGUGUGAACGUCAUGAUAUAAAGAUAAUGAACAUAUUACGCGCGAAAGGAGGGCAAUGUAGAAUCUACCGGUGCAACGAAGCUUGGUUAUUUACUAGAAAUUAUUAAACCAGCAUAUUUUUCAAGGUUAAAGAAAACCUUAUUAGGCGUUGACCAGCUGUUUUGUAAGUUAAAUAUGUAAUCGGUGUUUUAGGUUGAGCACUUAAAAUAGUGAAUUAGGAGAUUAAUCUUGUCAUCUAUGUUUUCGUUGUUUUUGCUUUAUUUUUAUGGAUCAGUGUCAAAUCU